CUGCAGUCUGUCUGCAUAAACACAGAAGAACGAUGACUUGAAUCCGGACUUUCGCUGAAUAUACGAAUCACCUGGUGCCAAAGUAUCAUUAGAAGUGGAAGCUGAAGGCUGAAUACGGACCUCUUGCGCGCUCUCCUCUGGCUCAUGUUGCGUGCAGCUGGAGUUGCGCUCAGGACUUCACGAAAGGCCGUCUGGGUGUGGAUGUACGCUGAUCUAUGCCGGGACUUGAACUUUUGUACUUUUAGAUAAUUCGCCAUAACACGAGGAUGGACGGAAAGUAUCGGACUUUACGCACUACAGCCAGCUUCAGGAGCCCGGUGAUGCAGAAAGAAGGGAGCAGGAAAAACUGACCGGCUGAGGACAGAGGAUUUCUGCGCUUCUUGGGAUUAAAAAAAAAAAAUCGCUAUAAAACAAACACAAAAUCGUUGUGAAAAUGUGUCACAACUGGUCUUUCGCCAGUAAUCUAAGCGUUAUCUCUUCUAAAAAGAAAAAUGCUGGAGAGACCGAACCAAAGCUGAAGUUCCUUCUCUUCAGUUCUUGAAUUUUCCUGACAAAAACAAGUACAUCAGACUUUGAAAACUGCUCACUCGAACUAUGAUUGUUCAGCGUUUGGAAACUACCGAUUGCAGCAUGAAAAGACGUGUUUUCAUUCUUCAUUUUUAGAAACCACGCUGCACGUAGGAUGCUCUUCUUUGAACUAACACGCAUCGGCUUGCGCACUAAUUUUGAGGGGAAUUCGUGUUUUUUAACGGCUCAGAGAAACAUGUUGCACAUCCUUGCGCUUCAGUCGGUGGUGUUACUUUUGGGAGUAACCGACUGUCGAGUCUUAGACGGGUUGCAGAGAUAUUCCUCUAUCCCCACGUACCUGCCUGUCAACUAUCAGCUCCUCAAUGCUGACUUGGGAUUUUUCCUGAAGGAGGCCAACCAGGACUUCAUGAGGAACUCUAGCCUGGUGUCUCGGACCGAGCCCUUCUUCAUCUACCAGGCCAGAAGUUUGCCCUCUGUGAACGCCAGCUAUGGGCCCCUCUCUGUGGAGCAGCCUGUCCCCUUAGAGCUCCUGCAGAGCCCGGGGACCUUUCCUGCCUCUUCUCUUUUUACCUUUAACUGGAAGGUGCAGACCUUUAUCAUGAAUUCCCGAAUUCACUUGACCAAGCCCAAAGUCCAGGUGUUGUUCUAUGUCGCAGGCAGGGACUGGGAUGACUACAGUGCCAUCGACAAGCUGCCCUGUGUGCACAUGUUUGCUUUCCAUGAAACCCAGGAGGUACGUGGUACUUGCCAGCUGAGGGGGGAGCUGGGACUGUGUGUGGCUGAGCUGGAGCCACUGGCCAGCUGGUUCAGCCCACCUAGCGUCGUGCCAGGACGCCAGAGGAAUCACGAAGUGUCCGAGGGCACCCCAGUGGAGCUCUACUACGUGCUGCAGUCCACAGACGCAGGGUGCCACUCAGAUGAAUCCAGAAAGGACAAUUUCAUCCGCACAAGUCAGGAAGGGCUGUUUGGUUCCUAUACUUCAACGCCUUUGAGGAGGAUUGGCGGUGUGAGGCUCUACCAGAACCCCACUGAGCCACCUCUUGCUGAACACAGGCUGGAUAAUAACUUUAUGGUCUUGGUGCCAGCCACACCCAUGAGGCAGAGGGAAACUGGCUCUGCUUUUAUCACCGUGUCAGCCUACUCUCCUGUGGAGAUGUUUACUCUCAGAGUGAAGUUAAAAGAAGGCGUGGCAUUCCUCGGCGCUCGCCCCAGCAACCCCACUCAGUGGAUAGUCAGUCAAGAUGUGAGGAGCGAAGGCCACCGAGUGGUGACUCUCCACUGCCGCAGGAAGGAGUCCAGCUAUGAUCAGCAAAGGCCUGAGGUGGGAGUUCAGAGGGUGCUCCAGGUGGAUCUGAAAAUGGAAAGCUUCCCAGAGCCGAUGGGCAGCCGCUGGAUGGCCUGGCAGGUGGAAUACCCGGCCAGUCGCGCCACCACUCAAGAGGUGGAGACAGAGAUCCGCCUGGCUCAGGAGGACGUGGCGGGCAUCGUGCCCCUGGCCAUGGACUCUGAGAUUCUGAACACCGCUGUAUUGACUGGAAAGACGGUGGCUGUUCCUGUAAAGGUGGUGACUGUUGGAACUGACGCCUCUGUUACUGACAUCUCUGAAGCGGUGACAUGUCGCUCAACAGACGAAGACGUGGUCAAGGUGUCUGACAGGUGUGACUACGUUUUUGUGAACGGCAAGGAGAUGAAGGGCAAGGCGAAGAUGAUGGUGAACUUCACCCACGGAUACCUAAGUGCUCAGCUGGAGCUCAACGUGUGGAUCCCCCGUCUCCCCCUCCAGAUUGAGGUGUCAGACACGGAGCUGAGCCAGAUCAAAGGGUGGAGGGUGCCAAUAACGGCCACCAAUCAGAGGUCCACACGGGACAGCGAGGAUUUUAAACAGGUCCACCAGCAUGCCAUGGACAGUCCUGACUCAUUUUAUAGGAUGAAGAAGGCAGACCAGACAUGCUGGGCAGCGAUUGGCAGGUGGACAUUACAGAGCUUGUUUGGGACUUCCUCAAAGUAG